GGGCGAUCCGGUCCAGCUGCUCCGGGGACAGAGGCGUUGGAGGCGGGCUGCGGGGCUCCGGCUCCCCCGCACAGGGCUUCUGCUUUUUCUGCACAAUUUUAAUGUAUUGAGCAAAACACAGGGCAGAACGCAGCGGUGCCUUGAACGCAGCUUCGAUAACGAGUCCCGGGAAAAGACAAACCUCUCCGUGUUUGAAGCUCUAAAAGUGAACUCAGAUGGCUGCAAUGGAAAACUUUGUGAUGGGAGAACAGAGUAAACGCUCUUGUUCCACUGAUGUCCAAAGAAGUCCAAGGAAGAAGAUUAAAGUGGAGAUAAGUGAGAGGAUGAAGGAAGAGGAUCCUGAGGAAGACGAGGAUGCAAUUUUAGCAGAGUUCGCUCAUCCCGUUCCCUGGAGAAAAAUCGAGGCAGACAGACUGGACUGUGAUUAUGCACAGCUCUUCUCUAAACAGGAAGCAGACCAGCUUUUCAGACAGCUGGAGGAGGAGGUGGUCUACUCAACAGGAGAGGCAGCAAAGGUGCAGGUGUUUGGAAAAGUGCACGAUAUACCGAGAAAGCAGGCAACAUAUGGAGAUGAGGGUCUAACUUACACUUAUUCCGGGGUGAAACAUUCGGCCCGCCCAUGGACUCCAACACUGGAACACAUUCGGGAUGCUGUGACCAGAACAACAGGAUGGACAUUCAAUUUCGUCUUGAUCAACAGGUACAAAGACGGCCAGGACCACAUGGGUGAGCAUCGGGAUGACGAGAGGGAGCUGGACCCGAUUUCUCCCAUCGCCUCGGUCUCUUUCGGAGCAGCUCGAGACUUCAUCUUCAGACACAGAGAUGCUCGAGGGAAGCAGAGCAGCCAACAGAUUGAACCCGUGAAGCUGGAGCUCGCUCAUGGAAGCCUGCUGCUCAUGAACCCGCCGACCAACACCUUCUGGUACCACAGUCUUCCUGUUCGCAAGAAGGUCCUCUCGCCUCGCAUCAACCUCACCUUUAGACGCAUCCUGCAGGGCAGCAAGAAAUGAGAACAAGCCGAGUGUACAUUGUGGGCUGGACCAGAUGAACUGCUGCCCAAGGAACACUAAGAGACACUAAUGGAGCUUCAGUUUAGUCUUGUCAGAAGUCCUCUGGCACGUCAAGUAAUCUCAGAUCUAAAGUGUGUUUGUUAAUGUUGCAGCUGAAUCUGACAUAUUAAAUAGGAGCAUAAGGUGAGAUAAGUGUUGACUGUCAACACAUUUUUCACCAUGUAAGCUCAUUUAAGCAAGUUUUCUUUUUUAUAUAGCAGCUGGCAACCUUAAUAAAAACCUCAUUCCAUCACAAAUCAUCACAUUUUUAGAAGUAUUUCUGCUUGACCUUCUCUGAUUUGCCUGAAAUUUUUAAAAGCAUAAAAUAUGGAUAUUUAUAAAGAUACUUGUGUAAGUUUAGGUAAAUAUAUCAAACACCUUCAGAGGUUUUUCCUUUUUUUAAAAUUCCCAUUGACCUACUGUCAGCACGCUUUUCCACACAUUGAAAUUUGAGGCUAGGUUUGAAGGACAAUAUCUCAGCAACUUUUGAAAAUAAAAGCCUUGACUUUUUAGGGUUAUUUCACAACGUGCCAUUGAUUCGGAAUAUGCAACAUGUAGAUUUGAAGCAUAACAAAAAAACCAUAAUGCAAAGCUCAAUUAGUGAUAUUUCUUGAACCAUAUGUGGCUUUAUGUCCCAAUAACAAAACAAAACAUAUGGAUAAUUUUAAUGUGAAAUACUUAAUUACAAAAAUUAAAAAAAAAAAAAUAGGUUGUUGGUGUAACAAAUAUUGCCAGAUAGCUUAAUCUAAGUAGAGGAUAGUUCUGGAGUUUCAAAAUGGUUCGGCAGUAUAACUAAGAAAUACUUUUAAAAAUUAAAUCGGGAAAUUACAGUAAAAAUUUCAUGCUUUCAUCCAAACAUAGCUUCAAAAUUUAAUGUGCAAAAAAAAGAAAAAUGUGCUGAAAGUAGGUGGACAGUUUAGGAGGAAAAAAUGAUCUUAGAAAGCAUUUGAUACAUCAAACUAAAAUUUUAAAGAUACCAUUUUAAAUAUUCAUAUUUUAUUGUGGAAAAAAAAUCACACAAAUCAGAGAUGGGCAAGCAGAAGGAGCCUGAUGAUCUGAGAUGGAAAAUCCACUGAAAACCUCAAUCUCAUUGAGUAUCUUACAUUGCUGGUUCUCAUUCAGUGUCACCUAAUGAGACGACAUUCAAUGACUUGUGACAGAGCAGUUAAAUGAAGUCGUUAACCUGUGUGGUGCUGGAAGGACAGUUGAAAUAACAGUGAAAGACGUCUCUUCUUUGAAUUACUCAGUAGAUUAUGUGCUUGGUGGAAACCCUGCUGGGUUUAACAUGAAGCUGAAGAAGGCUGCUGAUCUAUUCAUUUAUUCAUGUCAACUUCGUAGGAUUUCAACAAGAAAUCACCAUCAAAGUUCUUUUUCUGGCCUUGGAAAUAGUUUGAUACACUGAUCUUAAGUCAAUGUCUAAUUCUAUCCUUUCCUAGAGCUUUAAAAACUCUCAAGAUUUUUUAAGUGGGUGGAAUUUUCAAAGUCCACAUUUUGGCAGUUUCUGCAUUUAGCAAUCCUUUAUUUAUUGUUUUGAAAAAUGUUCUGCUUGUGAGAGUCAGUGUUUUUGUCAAGGCUUCAGGUAGUUUGCGUUUGAUUCACCGACAUCCUCUGCUGUCUUAAAAGCAGCAAAUUCUUAUCUUGCUUUAAUAAACAAAAACUCUAAAAGUU